AAGUCAUAAAGCAGAAAAUGAAAGUGUUCUCGAAAGCAUACACAAGGGGGAAAACCUUAAAAACCAAAAAAUGAUGAACGAAAACUUCUUCUACAGAAUAAUUAAAUUUCAAGAUUUUGAAGAAACGGGAGCCUACGAAUGCCUUCAAAGUAUCCUAACCCGUCUCAGAAUUUAUACACAGGAAAGGAGGAAUAUUAGAGCCUGCUGUAUCAUGAAUGCUUUUGGCUUGAUACAAAUUGGCCUCAUACUGUUGUGCACCACCAUCAUCUGCAAUCAUCAGUGCAACCAUCUUCUAUUACAGCAAAGAAAAAUGAUUGAAAACAGCCUGCAACUUUUGGACAAAAUGGGCAAAAACUUUCCUCAACGAUGUCUAAGAGAGAAAAUGUCCUUCAGAUUUCCUAAGCAGGUUCUACAGCCCAGACAGAAAGAGACUGUCAGAGUUGCCAUUGAAGAGAUCUUCCAACAUAUAUUCUAUAUCUUUAGCAAAAAUCUAACUCUAGCUGCUUGGGAUGAGACAGCUUUGGAUCAGUUCCAAAAUGGACUUUAUCAGCAAAUUGAGCAAUUGGAGGCAUGUGUAAUCAAAAAGCACACCCACUACUGUUGGAGUAAAGAAGUAAGCAGGCUGAAACUGAAAAAAUAUUUCCAAAAAAUAGAUUGUUUUCUUAAAGACAAACAACACAACCUGUGCUCCUGGGAGAUCAGCCGUGCAGAAAUGAGGAGAUGUCUCCAACUGAUUGAUAAAGUGACAAGGAAACUUAACAACUAAGGGUGUACAUACUUUCCUCGCUACCACUCAUCAAUACAAGCUAAAGAAGCAAUAGGAGAGAUGGGUAUCAGGUAUGAAGCUCAAAUACCAGAAAUAAAACCAGCUAGCAACUUCACCACUCUCCAGAACAACAUAAAAGACCAAAGAAACAGACUGAAAUACUGGAGUAAUUUUUCAUUCUGGUGACACCCUGUCACAAACAUUACAGCAAAACGUGUAUUUCUUGGGCUUUGUAACUAGUGGCACUUGAAAUGGCUGCCACCAUGGGACUGUUUCAAAUCUUAUUUCUGUUGCUUGUUUUUUGUACUUCUUCAAACCUGUACAAUAAAAGGACAUUCAGCCUA